AUGGCGAUGGAUAUUGCCGACGAUACGUUGUACAUGGUUGGUCUGGAUGGAGGACUCAUUCCGGAUGAUCUCAAUUCUUCGAACAAUUAUCUCGUGACCCUCGACCUGACAUCCUCUUUCUCCACGUCGGAGGGCAAGAACUAUAAGAUGUCGAAACUGCCCAACUCCAUUGUCCCUAAAAUCAAAGACAUGGCGCUCUGGGCCAACGCGGCAAACACCACAUUAUAUCAAUACGGAGGUAGAUAUUUGGAGGAUAUCACCACGAAUAACACUAUCUGGACAUACAACGUGAAUGACAAGUCGUGGGCCGCCCAAGAGGGGAGCGUUCAGCCCGCGCAACGGGAAUAUGGUGUGGAUACAAAUGCACCCGAAAUUCAGGCUGCGUUCUGGGUUGGCGGAUACCGGGGUAGCGGUACAACAUCCACGAUCACCGAUUCCACAAAUAAUCAUGUCGGGGGAAUGGUUCAAUUAAAUACAACGACCGGGCAAUAUACUUCUCUCGCCGGGCCUUACGACGCUGUUCAGGAAGGCUCACUUUCUUAUAUACCAGUGGGCGAUACGGGCAUUUUGGUUUAUCUGGGUGGCGAGGUUCCUUCAGUCGCGAAUGGGGUUAACGCUACGCUAACAUCGAAUUCAUGGGACUAUGUCCAAGUCUACGACAUCGCUACAGGAAAUUGGUAUAAUCAAUCCACGACCGGUAGCGUCACGUCACGGACACAGUUCUGCGCUUCUGUUCAGCACGAUCCGUCCACCUCGUCCUACCAGAUAUAUGCCAUAGGAGGGGCAGACCUGGAGUCUGAAGACCCAAUCCUAGAUAUAAACUACCUGUCAAUCCCGUCCUUCAAGUGGUUCUCCGCCGCUCCUCUUGAUGAGGCCCGCAUGACCCUUCAAUGCGCCACAUACGGCCGUCAGAUAUUUGCAGUUGGCGGAAGACUUGCCUGGGCAGAUGAUUCCAACGCAGGCUGCUACACUAUGCCUGCAUUCAUCUACGACGCUCAAUCCGAGGCAACGCGAUCGACAUUUGAUCCCUCCUUGGAUUCGUUCUCCCUUUCCUCCUCAACUACCAGAAAUAUCAAGGAGUCGCCAUACCCCUCGUCAUGGGCAUCUCCAGCCCUGAAGGCCCUAUUUGUUCCGAGCACCAACACAAGCGAAAGCUCUGCGAGCGGCAACUCUACAAGCAGCAGCUCUACCACAACUCAACAGGCAGGAGGCAGCACAUCCCACUCAUCAAACACAGGCGCUAUUGCUGGCGGAGUCGUCGGUGGUGUGGCAGGCGUGGCCUUGAUCGGAGCCCUGCUUUGGUUCUUCAUUGCCAGAAACAAGAGGCAAGAGGGAGGUACCUUGCCCACGCGGAAAAUCAAUGAGCUACCAGCGGGGGAGCCUCCUGAGUUGUCGGUAGGGAACCCUCCUGAGCUGUCAGCAGGGAGAACUCCUGAGCUUUCUGGUGGAGAGAUGCGGCAUAUGCCCGUGGAACCCGUUGAGCUGAGUAUGGUUCAACGGGCUUGGCGGCCUUCCAGGCAGCAAGGCAUCAAUUGUGACGCGGGAGGAGGCCACCUCUCCGCAUUCGAGGUGAUCAGCUCCGCAAAACAAACCACUCAGCACUGCUGGGCGCAACAGUUUUUGACAGUUGCCGAUUACCUUUUGUCCCAGUGCAUAGCAACCUUCUUCGAGCUCCCUUCUUUACCUGGCCUUACGUGCCUAUCGCCCACUAUGCUAUCUUCGCUCACCUCCGGUGCCACCAAUGUGCGCCAAACGAUGGCGCAGGUGCUCAACUUUGCCCUCGUCUUAUCCACAGCCUUCAUGUUAUGGAAGGGACUAUCGGUGUUCAGUGCCUCAUCUAGCCCAAUUGUUGUGGUUCUGAGCGGCAGCAUGGAGCCCGCUUUUCAACGUGGUGAUCUAUUGUUUUUAUGGAAUAGGAGUCCUCGAGCGGAGGUUGGGGAGAUCGUCGUGUACAACGUGAGAGGAAAGGACAUUCCUAUCGUCCACCGUGUCUCUCGAACCUUCCCGGAACUGGAGCCCAAGGGAAACAAGGUGAAGGAAAUCACAGUUGACUCGGCACCAGGCUCUCAUAUGCUUUUGACCAAGGGCGAUAACAACUUGGCUGAUGACACCGAAUUGUAUGCAAAGGGGCAAGAUCACCUGGAUCGCAACGAGGACAUCGUUGGAAGUGUGAGGGGCUAUAUCCCGAUGGUUGGCUACGUUACAAUUAUGCUAUCGGAACAUCCAUGGAUGAAGACUGUUCUUUUGGGUUGUAUGGGAUUGAUGGUCAUGCUGCAGCGGGAAUAA